AUGAGAAGUCUUCACUUCAAGCCACGGAAAUCUAGAACGCCUGAGAAUCAUCGCCAGCACCCACAUAACUGGACAAAAGCGAAACGCCGGACGAUCGUUGAAAUGGCGAGCGACAUAGCGGCCCGCGUGUUCUUCACUACGUUUACUAUUCACGCUUCUUCAGCCAAACGCUCAGAACUGGAAACUCAGCUUCGGCCGGCACAAACGUUUUUCGUUUUGAUGCUUUCGGCACGUCUGAGGUUUUUCACGCCUUACUUUCCUAAAGCCUUACAAGUUAUGAGACGGCAUUGGCAAAUACCGUGUAAAGAACGUGCGGCGGCGGUGGAAAUCAGCGACGCUGAAAAACAAGCGCAGUAUCGUCGUUAG